AUGUGGGCUUCUUCUACGGCAAACGCUCUCAAGCUUUCUUCUUCUGUCUCUAAGUCUCAUCUCUCUCCUGCUUUCUCCAUCUCUAGAUGCUUCUCCACAGUGUUGGAAGGAUUGAAGUACGCAAAUUCACACGAGUGGGUUAAACAUGAAGGCUCUGUUGCCACCAUUGGCAUCACUGACCAUGCCCAGGGUCAUUUAGGCGAAGUGGUGUUUGUAGAACUACCAGAAGAAAAUGGUUCAGUGAGCAAAGAGAAAAGCUUUGGAGCAGUGGAGAGUGUGAAGGCAACAAGUGAGAUCUUAUCGCCGAUCUCAGGUGAAGUCAUUGAGGUUAACAAGAAGCUCACUGACUCACCAGGCUUGAUCAACUCAAGCCCUUAUGAAGAUGGUUGGAUGAUCAAAGUGAAACCAAGCAGUCUUGCAGAGUUGGAAUCUUUGAUGGGUCCAAAGGAAUACACCAAGUUCUGCGAAGAAGAAGACGCUGCUCACUAG